CUGACACAGUCACAGACAUGACUGUGAUUUUGUUGUCUUUUUAUUUUGUUUGCCAGUUACUUCUUGUUAAAUUUUGUUUUUGUGUUACGGAAAAGUAUCUAUUGCGUAUUGGCCAGUAAUGUUGGUGCGGAAUCACUUAGAGUUUCUUGCAAAAUGAAAGACGUUUGUUGCAAAAUGAAGGAUGUCCUAUUAACUUUUAGUUUUGUUCUGGGUAUAUUCUGUGGAGUUCAGUGCCAGCACAGUGACUAUUAUACUGGGAUAAAGAAUUUAAAAUCAGCCGUGGCAGGUCAUGACCCAUGGGUUCGGUUCAAUGAGGAAGUCAACCUUUCCAUCUCCUUUAAUCUCAUGAAUAUUCAUGAAAUGAACACUGAAGAUCCUUCGCUGUCUGUUACUGGAUGGUUGACUGUGACCUGGAACCAUCCUUUAUUGCAAUGGGAAACUUCAGGAGAUCAGUGGAAGGGUAUAACACAUUACCAAGUGUCUCCCUCUGAGAUCUGGAUGCCUGAUUUGGUGCUUGAAAACAUCAUCAGCAAUACAGCUGUAUUAGACCAGACAUCAUUGAAGGUGACAUUAUACCACACGGGAACAUUGGUCUGGGAGCCAGGAGUGCAGACAAGGGUAUUCUGUGAGGCAGAUCUAAUGUACUACCCGUAUGACCACCAGACAUGCCAUUUGACUGUGGCCACCGGGUCUCAGACAGGAGAGGAGACGCCUCUGUACCCACUCUUAAACAGCGUUUAUCUUGGCCAGUACAGGGAGAAUACCGGCUGGACAAUUGAGUCAACUUCCGUCAGUAGAGAUGACUUUGAGGAGCAAGCCAGCAGCCAGAACCGGAAAAUAGGCAGACUUUCAUACACCAUCAACCUGCGACGGAACGCCUCACGCUUUUACUGGCUUAUGGUGUUUGUACCGGUCAUACUCCUGUCUGCUGUCAGCCUGCUCACCUUCCUGCUGCCUGCUGAUGGCAAUGAGAAGGCAACAUUCCCCAUUAUCACUCUCUUGAUCUAUGUGACAUUCUAUCUGAGUUUACUGCAAGACAUACCUUGUAAUAACCAGAUAACCAUCCUUAGUGCAUAUGGGUUUACAGUGUUAUUAUUGAUAGUGUUGGAGACAGCGUGUGCAAUUCUGUGUAUCUGGGUGAGCUUACGGCAAGAGACCCAUGAAGUAUCAAAACAAACCCGGAACUUCAUAUUAGGGCUUGCUAAUCUGGUAUGCAUUAACUUUGAUAUGGAGGACAAUGGCUUCACGACAAGCCGUGCAAGUGUAAAAACUGAACCACCUGUUAAGCAGGACUUUACACUGGAUCACUCCAUUCAUCCUGUUGACAUGGUGCAGAUGCCACCAAUAGACACUAGUGGCCAAGGGCAGAAAACUGCUAAUGGUCAUAUCCAGCCCCGCCGAAGGUUGUCCCCCUUGAGGAACAGGGUUACCCCCGACAACGCUGUCCGACCCAAAAGCAACAGCUCAGUGAGAUCGGCCAGCCGACCCAGCAGCUAUGUCUCGGUGAGGUCGGUACAGCGUUCUACCCGACUCAGCUGGUCCCUGCGGCGUCCCACCUGGCAUCAACUGUCAGUCUGCCUUGAUAGACUCUUCUGCUUUAUUUUCAUGUUCAUCAAUGUCAUUGUACACGUUUCGUUCCUUAUGGUCCUGGCAUUGGCAUGAAUGAGUCAUUUAGUUUGUGAAAUAGUUGUAUUUUAAGACUGGUCCUUUCAUAUUUGCAUAAAUGAUAAUGGGUCAUGCUUAAUCAUGUUUGCAAGGAAAUGUAGACAUAGAUGGCAGUAUUUAGGUUUGAAAACCAUUAAUUACACAGUCAAAAGGCAAUUACAGCAAACUGUACCUGUGCAUUGUCUAUUGCCAACAAUGUUGGCAGAUGUUGCUCAAACGUAACAAUUCCAUUGUACACAAAGACAGCAAAAGUUAUGUUAUAGUAACAAAGUCAGGAAUUGGUUCAACUUGGCUUGUAGAUACAUUAAAAUGUACAUGUGGUUAAUAUUACGUGAACUGUAUACACAUUCAUAUUACCACAUUGCUAUACAUCUUUCUUACUUCAAUCCCAUCUUAUAAUGAUAUUUUUUUAACAUUGAAUAAAUGUUAUCUUGAUA